CUUGGGGCGAGGGGUGGGGAGACUCGGGAAAGAUGAGAGAUACAAAAGAUCGAUGCGAAGUUGUCUCCAGUCGUUGUCGCUCGCUCGUCGCAGGUGGUUGGUCGUCACGAUUCGCGGUAGCUAAUCGUUUUCUUCCGUUAAGAGAGAAAAUUCCAGUAAACUAUUGAAGAGCAAUCAUGCAGAGUGUUGUGGUUCUGUUUUUGCUGGCAGUAGUUGCCACAGGGUACGCUGUUUCCUUUAACAAAAUUCUAGAUGCAGAAUGGUUCAUCUUUAAGACUCACCAUAAAAAAGUUUACAAAUCCCCGAUCGAAGAGGGAUACAGAAUGAAAAUCUUCUUGGACAACAAGCGUAAGAUUGUUGAGCACAAUCGCAAGUAUGAAAUGAAGGAAGUUAACUACAAACUAGGAAUGAAUAAAUAUGGAGAUAUGUUACAUCACGAACUUAUCAAUACUUUGAAUGGUUUCAACAAAUCAGUGACUGUUAGCGAAGAACAGCUUAUAGGAGCAACAUUCAUUGAACCAGCUAAUGUUGAGUUACCAAAAUCUGUCGAUUGGAGAAAAAAAGGUGCUGUCACUGCAAUUAAGGAUCAAGGACAAUGUGGAUCCUGCUGGGCAUUUUCUUCAACUGGAGCGUUGGAAGGACAGCAUUUUAGACAAUCUGGUGUUUUAGUGUCAUUGAGUGAACAAAACUUGAUCGAUUGUUCCGGCAAGUAUGGUAACAAUGGAUGCAAUGGUGGUUUGAUGGAUUACGCUUUCCGAUAUAUUAAAGAAAAUAAAGGCCUUGAUACUGAAAAGAGCUAUCCAUAUGAAGCAGAGAAUGACCAAUGCAGAUAUAAUCCGAAAAACAGUGGCGCUUCCGACGUCGGCUUUGUGGACAUUCCAGAAGGAGAUGAGGACAAAUUGAAAGCUGCGGUUGCCACCAUAGGUCCGAUCUCGGUUGCCAUCGAUGCCUCCCACGAAUCCUUCCAUUUUUAUAGCGAAGGAGUUUAUUACGAGCCUGAAUGCAGUCCGGCAAAUUUGGAUCAUGGUGUCCUGAUUGUUGGUUAUGGCACAGAUUCGGGAACUGGUGAAGAUUAUUGGUUGGUAAAGAAUAGUUGGGGUGAAACAUGGGGCGAAAAGGGUUACAUUAAGAUGGCCAGGAAUAAGGAGAAUCACUGCGGUAUAGCGAGCAGUGCCAGUUACCCUCUCGUUUAACGUUCAAUGUUAAUUGGCAAGCAAAAUUUUUCAGUUCGUUGUAUUCUGUUUAAAGCAAGACAGAUGUAUUUAGGGACCUAAUAAAGUUUCGAAAUUUCUAUUAAAAAAAA